CGGGGGCUAUCUGCAGAGGAAAGUUCUUGUUCUCGCUGCCAAGGCUGAAGCAGGGGCAAUAUGUGUUCUAAUGCCUAUGACAGGAAAUCUGGGUGCAGGUCACUGCAGCUCUCAGCUCCUGCAGUUCAGCCACUGCCUGCCCCACCAGCUUCCCAGACCAUGUCCAAUCUCGAGCUCACCUUCAUCACCAUGAGGCCACACAGCGUGCAGUGGGGCCUGCUAGGCAAUGUCAUGAGGCACUUUGAGCUGAAGGGAUUCCACAUUUGGGCCUCUGAGGAACACCUGAAGCAGCGCUACCCUGACCUGAAAGACUGUCCAUUCCUCUCUGGGCUGGUGGAGUGCAUGAACUCAGGGCCAGCCAUGGCCAUGGAGGGGGUGCUGAGUGUAGUGGAGACAGGCCGAGUGAUGCCUGGGGAGACUAAUCCAGGGGAUUCUAAGCCAGGUACCACUGGCAGGGACUUCUGCAUUCAGGUUGGCAGGGACAUCAUUCAUGGCAGUGACUCAGUAAAAAGUGCUGAAAAAUAAAUCAGCCUAUGGUUUAUAGCUCCAUGUCCCCAAAUACCCUCGGCCCUGGGAAGCCAAGACAGUUGAUGGUACUACAUAUUUCCAAAGUCAGAUUCUGUGGGUG